AUGCCAGUAAGCGAAGGUGAAAGUAAGCGGAUAUCAAAACCCCCUCCAAGAAUGACAUAUAACGAGUUUGGAAAUCCAAUAGAUGCCUCAACUCCAGUGAGAGUAAGACAACCAAUAGUCAAUUUAAACAGAAGAAGCUCAUUGUCAAGAGCUUCAUCAGUAUACUCAACAAGCAAAGAACAAGAAAAGGUUGAACAAUACUCUGAGGACUUUUCCACCCUGAAAGAGAUAUCUCCAGAAAACCUGAGUGUAGAUGAAGCUGAGAAGCCAGUCAAUGUACAAAAAAACCUACAAGAAAGUAAGAAGACAUUGAGGCACCUUCAGCUCAAACUACAAGGCCUUCAAUCGUUAAGUUUAGUUCAUGAAAGGAAGCUUAAGAAUCUUGAAGAGCUUAAAAAGAAAAAAGAUGAAGCCAUUCGACAAUCAAUCGCCGAAGACCAAUAUUUAGGAUUUGAUGAUGAUGGUGAAGUCGUCGAAACCAAUCAUUCAAAUGAAAUGAACAUGCAAACUGAAGUGGAAGAGAUACCACAAGUGAAGUGUCUACCAGAAUCAAAAAAUCUUCCAGUUGACCCAAUAGUUCUGAUGACUCAAGCGAUUUCACAAAUGUCUGCUACACCAUCCUAUUCUCGUAAACAUGAGGAAUUGCCAAAGUUCAAUGGAUGUUCAGAAGAGUGGCCACUAUUCAAAGCUGAGUUCGAUCGAUCAACCAAAGAGUACAAAAUUGACAAUUCAAUCAACAUUCGAAGAUUAAGAGAAGCUUUGAAAGGAGAUGCCUUGGAGACAGUUUCAUUCCUGCUACCAAACAUCGAUAAUGUGGAAAGCAUCAUGAAGACCCUAGAAGAUAGGUUUGGACAACCAAAGUUUGUGAUUGAAGGGUUAUUAAAGAAAGCAAGAGCAGUCCCUUCUCCAUCAGUAACCAAACCUGAAGCAACAAUCAAGUUCGGAAUAGCCGUACAACCAGUAGUGGCAAGCAUCACGUCUUAUAAAAGUAGCCAGUAUUUAUAUUCCAUUGAAAUCCUGAGCACUCUGGUGAAGAAGAUGUCGAUAGAAAUGGAAACUGAGUGGUACAGCUGGCUUCGGCAAGACACCUCAAGAGAAGAAAAUCUAAAAUAUUUUUCACAAUGGAUUUCUAUAAAACAGUCUUUAGCAUAUCUUGAGUCAACUCCAACUAUAUCUUCUGAAAAUGCAAAUGACAAGGAUAGAAAGAAGAAGCAGACUCAUUUUGGAAAAGUAUCAACUAACCCCAACCCUGAUCGAAAAGAAUACUGUGUGUACUGCAAAAUUGAAAAUCAUCAUGUCAGUGACUGUCGAAAGUUUUCAGCACUACCAAUUAAGGAAAAAGACGAGUUUGCAAAGAAAAAUCUUAUGUGCUUCCGCUGCUUAAAGAAAAAUCACGCAGUCAAGAAUUGCAAAUCGAGAAUGACUUGUAAAAUUGAAGGAUGUAGAGGAAGGCAUCAUACAUCCCUACAUAAUAAUUCAAGAUUCAAUGAAGUUCAAAGGAAAGUCAUUUAA